GUGUGUGUGUGUUAGGAGAGAUAGAGAGACACACAGACAGAAGGUGCCUGGAGAUAUCCUCUGUGAGGUGAUUGUUCCAAGUGAUGAGCUGAUAAUGAAUUCCUGUCAUUAAAUUGUGUGUACGUGUGUGCGCAUGUGUGGCAUUGAUGUCAUGCUCAAACCAAAGAGGUAGUACUGAUUGAAUGAGGACAUUGUUAAUUUAUAUCAUUCAGUCUAACCCGGUCAUGUAUUAUGGGGUGUUUGUGUGUUUGGUUCAGAUAAACUGUACAAAAAGCCUCUGAACUGUUUCACAGCACGUUAUCUGGGAUGAGUUUUAUGGCCCGACCAACCUUUGAUCUUUUCCCCUUGCUUUUCUUUCCCCAGGCUGUCUUUCAGAAAAUUUACAAGCUGUGUCUGUGUUUGCUGUCUGCCUGUCUCUGACACAUACAGUGUGAGAACACACACACUCACACACACACAUACAGUGGUUAUAAAAAGGUCGCCACACCUGAAUGAAGUGGCAGACGCAGUGGUCAGAUUUGUUCUUCUGUUGUUGUGAUCCGCCAACAAACCCGGCCUGGAAAAAAACAAGUAGCUGAUUAUUAGGAUCAUUUAGAAUAAAACAAACUCCAACACCCUGAUUGCUAAAGUCUGUACAGCCUUUUCAAAUGGUGGCUCUCUAUCUGUGCUCAGAAUGAAGACAGCUGUUGCUGUAGGAUUCUGCUGAGAGAGCCGUGGUCCACAAAGAGUUACCAAAGAAACGGCAAGAUCUAAUUGUUGCAAAGUGCCAAUCACAGAGGGGCAUGAAAGAAUAUUGAAUGCAUCGGGUGCACCAUGAAGCAUUAUCAAAACCAUUACCAGUAAGUGGAGACAAUGUGGCACCACAGAUACAUUGCAGAGAUCAGGACGACCCUAUGAAGUUAAUGAGAGGAUGAGGAGAAAACUUUUCAGGGAGGCUCCCAAGAGGCCAACAGCAACAUUAAGAGAGGGAUUUCUGGUACUUGUCACUCCUAGCAUGGGACCAACAUCUCCAAUAUUCUGCACAUGUCGAGGCUCUGGGGGUAGGGAGGCGAAACAGAAUCCUUUCCUCACAUAAAGGACCAUCCAAGCCCAUCUGAAUUAUGCCAAAAGACUCAUUCAGUCAACCCCAAACCAUGUGGCAAAAUGUGUUAUGGUCUGACGACACAAAGGUUGAACUUUUUCUCAGGCAAAGUUUGAAAUGCAUAGAUAUGUAAAUUGAUGCAGAGCUUCACUAAAUCCCGGUAUGAAACAACAAGUGUAUUUAGAUAGAAAUGUCAGUGUUGUAAAUUCCUUCUGUGCUCACUAAGGAGCAACAUGACUCAUUUACGGUAGGGGAAACGAGUGCAAGGUCUCGCCAUCAACCCUGCUGGUAAAGGUCAGUGCUUAUCUGACAUCAAAUAUCUAGUUAUCGUAUCUUUCACUAGCUGAACCAGCAUGAGGUCAUUAUUGGUAAAAUGCUGAUAUCACCAACAAGCUCGCAACCAGCUACAAUCUGUGCUCUGUGUGUUUGUAGCUUGUAAUUCACACAGACCUUGGCAAGACAACAGUGAGAAGCUUAUAUGGCCCGCCUCUGUGCCUUUAAAAGGUUGUAUAUUAACAACUCUAUGUGGAAAGGACAGGUGAGCAGCCAUAGAGAGAUUGUGAAUGUGAACAACUCCGAGAAGAACGCAGACAAGGACUCAGCACCUGGAUGUUGCUCUUGUAAAUUCAACUUUCCGUUGUGGAUCAGACAGCAACAAACAAAAGUUAAGAGGAAGUUCUUGGAGUGUUUGGUGACCUAACUGCACUACAGAUGCGCUGAGCUCUGGAAGAGAAGAAGGGAAAAAGACGAUCACGAAAGCCUUUAGCAGAUCAUGGACUCUCUUUAACAGCUCAAAAACUUCAGAGCUGAAAAUGGGAACAGGAUGGUGGUGGUUGUGCGUCUUGGGGGUUGUUGCUGCUCCGUGUCGGAGCAUUAAAGAGUGUCUGGAUGGGAUUACAAUCAAUGUGAUCCUGCUGGAAGAUGAAGAGUCUCCCUGGAGUCUGAGGUAUGUGAAGGACGAAAUACUGGAGGCCAUUGAGACGGACUCAGCCAUUAAUGCUGCAGAAGAGACAGGGUUUAAUCUCACGGCUAAAUUUGGCGGGUUCAGACCGACCUUCUAUCGACAAAGAGGCUGCCGGAGCAGCGCGUGUGAGGGAGUGGACGAGCUAAAGAGCCUGAUUAACGAAGGCUCCCUGGGAUGUGCCGUGCUUGGUCCCACCUGCACCUACGCUACUUUCCAAAUGUUUGACGGGGAAAGAGGUCUGAAGCUCAGCACGCCCAUCAUCUCGGCGGGAAGCUUUGGACUCUCCUGCGACUACACGCGCAACCUGCAGCGCCUCUUGCCGCCGGCGCGCAAGAUCUCUGACUUUUUCGUCAACUUCUGGGAAGACGAGAACAAGCUCAAACCCGAAUGGGAGACGACCUAUGUUUACAAGAAACAGAGCAACACUGAGGAUUGCUUCUGGUAUAUUAAUGCACUGGAUGAAGCCUCGAGCAACUUUGCCCAACGUAUUCAGAGAACGGUGCUGCGCAGACCAGAUGACCUGAAAAACGUACUGGCGCCCAAAAACAGGACAAGCAACCUGUUUAUCAUGUGUGGAUCACCACUGGACGUAGUGGAGGCGAAAACAGGCUCAAAAGAGGCAGACAACAGCGAUAUUCUCUUCAUCCUUAUUGAUCUUUACAAUGAUCAAUACUACACCAACACAUCGUCGAUGCCAUCCAUGAAGAACGUGCUGGUGCUGACUAUGCCCAACACCAGAAACUACAGGAUCAACGCGGACCUGAAAGACAACGACACGAUGAAUGAUUACAUGGCCGCGUACCAUGAUUCAGUGCUGCUGAUAGGCGAGGUGAUGAGGAAAAUUGCUAAAAAACCUCAGUCAGCGAUUCAGCAGAUGGAGUUUGCUGAUGUGAAUAACUUCAGAAACAUCUCCUUUAAUGGAAGUGCCGGAAACUACAAGCUGGACGAGCAUGGAGACAGAGACGUGAAUCUCUCAGUCAUUUACACCACAAAUGACAACAAGUACCGAAUUUUAUUCACAUUCGACACCGAGCACAAUGUUGCGAAAGUGGUUGAGACGGACCCUUCCUUCAUCUGGGGAGCGACACUUCCUAAUUCCAGACCAGAGGAAGGCCCGGCAUAUUAUAACAUCAUUGUCAUUGUGUUGGCUGUUACCGUGGUUGUGGUGGCCACCAUCGCCUUCAUUUUCUACAGACAGAAUAAGAGAGAACGCCGGAUCAAGAUGCGCUGGUUCCACAUCUCCUCUGAUCUCGUCACACUGCUGGAGAAAGACCAGCUCAAUGUCAUCUCUCUGAAGAUUGAAGACGAGAGGAAAAUCAUGCAAUUCCAGAUCCGCCGUGCGCUCUACGAUAAGAAGAUUGUGAUUCUGAAGGAGCUGGAGUACUCAGAUGAGGAUGUUACCCGGAUGAUAGAACUUAACGCGCUCAAGCAAAUCGACUAUUACAACCUCACAAAGUUUUAUGGCACAGUGAAGAUUGAUAAGGGUGUGUUUGGGGUGUUCGAGUAUGGAGAGAGGGGGUCGCUCAGGUAUGUGCUGAAUGACAAGGUUUCGUACCCAGAGGAGACCUUCAUGGACUGGGAGUUCAAGAUCUCCGUCAUGUACGACAUCGCCACGGGCAUGUCCUAUCUCCACGCCAGUCACAUCCAGGUGCAUGGUCGCCUCAAGUCCACCAACUGUGUGGUGGACAACCGCAUGGUGGUGAAGAUCACGGACUUUGGCUGCAAUAGCUUUCUCAGCGCCGGCAAAGACUUGUGGACCGCUCCGGAGCACCUGAGGAGACACGGCACCUCUCAGAAAGGAGACGUGUACAGCUUUGCCAUCAUCGCUCACGAGAUCGUUCUCAGAAAGUGCACCUUCUACACCGAGGGCUGCUCCGAGCGAGCAGGUGCGACACGCUUACACAACCGCUGUCCCAAAAAAAAGCUUGCAAAGGUCAUCAUGUCCUACUUCAGACCUGAUCUUAACUUUGAGACGGCUUCGGAGAAAGAAUUAGAGGUGUACAUGUUGAUAAAGACCUGUUGGGACGAGGAUCCAGAAAAAAGACCUGACUUCAAGAGGAUAGAAUCCUGUCUGGGGAAAAUAAUCAGUAAAAUUCAUAACCAGGACAAUGAGAGCUACAUGGACAACAUGAUAAGAAGACUGCAGAUGUACUCCAGGAACCUGGAGCGCCUGGUGGAGGAGAGAACGACCCUCUACAAAGCCGAGCGGGACAGAGCAGACUGCCUCAACUACAUGCUGCUUCCCGGCCCGGCAGUGAAAAGUCUGAAGGAGACUGGUGCGGUGGAGCCAGAGCUGUACGAGGAGGUGACAAUAUACUUCAGCGACAUCGUCGGUUUCACCACCCUGUGCCAGUACAGCACACCGAUGGAAGUCGUGGACAUGCUCAACGACAUCUACGGGGGCUUCGACAGCAUCGUGGACCACCACGAUGUGUACAAGGUGGAGACGAUCGGCGACGCCUACAUGGUGGCCUCCGGGCUCCCAAACCGAAAUGGGAACAGGCACGCGGUGGACAUCUGCCGCAUGGCGCUGGAGAUCUUGGCGUUCAUCGGUAACUUCCAGCUCCGACACCUGCCGGGUAUCCCGGUGUGGAUACGCAUCGGCGUUCACUCAGGUCCCUGUGCUGCAGGUGUCGUGGGGAUAAAGAUGCCCAGAUACUGCUUAUUUGGAGACACGGUCAACACGGCAUCUCGCAUGGAGUCUUCUGGACACCCCCUGCGGAUCCACGUCAGUCAGCCAACUAUAAAUAUCCUGCAGAGGACAUACUGCAAGUUUGAGUAUGAGGUCAGAGGAGAAACGUAUCUGAAGGGUAAAGGCACAGAGACAACCUACUGGUUGACAGGCGAGACGGGCGAAGACUACGACCUCCCAACCCCGCCCACAACUGAGAACUUCCAGCGGCUCCAGCAGGACCUCGCCAACAUGAUCCUGAUGUGUCUGGAGCGGCGCUCUCGGGGCUCCAUCCGGAGGAAGAAGCCGCUGUCGAGUCAGAGCAAGGAGGACGACGAGGACCGGGAAUCAGAGGUGGAGUCUGAGAGCGACCACCACCCCGAGUACCUGCACCUGGCCACCGUGGAUAACACCCUCAGUACAUUCCUGUAGCACAUACCUAUACUGUAGAGUGCAUUACUGUCCCAGUCAUCCCUGUCUGUUAGUACACUACUCAGUAAGACUGGGCAAGGCAGAGUGACUGGUGACUGGUUUUAAGUCCACCAAGCAGAGAUUAUAAUUGAUCAGUUCCAUCCAUUCGAGGCUAAACUGAGGCUCUGAUGAGCGUUAAUGUCCAGACUACAUCCAAGUAGUGUUAACAUACAUGUGGACCUUUCAACUGCAUAUAUCUUGUCAGGUUCAUUGAUAGUUUAAAUAUGCAAUUUACUGCUUAGUCAAAACACUUACUUGUGUGAAUCAUAUUUUAUGAGAGGUGCUAUAUUAAAUCAAUGCGUUAUUGUUAUUAUAACAAGUGUUAGAUUUGGUUUAAAUCUAUAGAUAUGAUUAAUCACAUGUAUGCUUUGAGCAUGAAUAGCCCAUCAGACACAAGGAUUAAACCUGCUGUAAUGUAAAGCAUGCUUUCAUUCUUUUACUUUAUAUUCACGUGUGUUUCAUAAUCAAGUCAUAUGACUGGAGACUUUUGUGUCUCUGUGGUCAAAAUAUUUCAACCUCUGAGAUUACUGCGAGAUGAUUUACUGCACUGUUGUAACGGUCGUCUGUAUAACCAGCUUUAUUUCAGACGUGUCACUAGAUACCGGUGGACACCGACAUGAGGCCUCGUCACGGUUAUGUCUGCCUCGGAAAAAAUGAGAUUUUCAAAUCUGUAUUUUAAAACAAAGGACAAAGAUUUAUUUUGUUGAGAAUGGUGACAUUCAUUUACUUUAAAUAAAAAAAAAUCCCCUCCUGUCCCAUUGUUGUCAAAAUGUGUGUUCAGGUGAAAAAACAAAGUUAAAUGAAAUCAAAACACAGCGUUUCUUGAAGCCUGUUCAGGUUCAUCUGAGGCGUUACAAUGCGUGUGUCACAUUGUUGUAUGUGUACUGAGGACAGAAGAAGAAAACAGAAAAACUCCAGCAUCAGAUUAAAAUAGUUUUCUAUCCACAGCUGCCUUUUUUUUUUUUGCACAGAACAAUGAAAGAAGACCGCUGAGUAGAUGUUUACACAUCAAAUGCAAAGUGGGAACACACUAUUGUACAGCAGAAACAACUCAACACAUACAGUGUGCCAAUAUGAAAGUGAAGAGUGGAUCCAGCUAAACAAACAAGGAAACUGGACAUGCACGUGUGUGUUU